CCAAAGUGCAACAAUCCAUGCUGCUGUGGUAUGGAGAGAGAGAGAGAAGCAAUUCUCUACUUAAGAAGAUUAUAAAAGGCAGAUAUUGAAAAAAUAAGCAAAAUAUCAGGUGCAUAAGGGCAAGCACCACGGACACAGCGACUAUGGGCAACUCUGAGUGGCACUUAACAAAUAGCAAAUGACCAGCAACAACAACCACAUGUGAAUACUGUAUCUUCUCCCGGGCUUAUCGGAGUUCCAAAUAUGGAAAAUUGGAUUAAGAAUAUCGACAAUUUGAACUUUGAUGUUUUGCAGGAACCACCGGCUACGAGUGCACAGCAGUCAAUAAACAGAAAGUAAAGAUGUCAACAGACUACAAUGAGUUCCACUCUACUGAAGCUGAUGAAGAACAUGACUGGAAGAAAGGAAUAUAUGACAACCUGCACUCAUUCUCAGCAACUUCAUCUAAAAGGUCAACAAGGAUACUUCUUGGUCUUUUCAUUGCCCUAACCAUCUUGCUACUGGUGAUAAUAAUAAUUAUGGCAUCGAAUAGCUCUUCUCUACGUAAAAAGAUGAAGGAAACAGAGGAAGCAUUCAGUAACUUUACUCUUAGCAUCCACGCUGAACUGCAGUUAAUCCAGAGCAAAGAUAUGGAGAAACAAGGCAAACUACAGGAGUUAGAAAACAGCGUCAAUCAACAUACAACACAGUUAAGUGACUAUACAACACACAAAGAGAAAAUGCAGAAACUUGAAAAUAAUAUCAAACAAGCAGAAGAUCGGCUAGACAUCUUUACCAUGCAGUUAUCUGUAGAAUCAGAGAAGUUGGGAACAUCUUUAUCUGAGCUACUGUGUGAGUUGUCAAAAAGCAAAUCAAAUGGAACAUUGAACUCAUGCUGUCCGGUUGGUUGGGUACAGUACAGUAAGAGUUGCUAUUUUAUUUCAACAAGUACCAAGUCUUGGAAUGAUGCCAAGCAGUUCUGUAUCUCUAAAGGUUCAGCUUUAGUUUCAAUUAAUACUAUUGGUGAGCAGACUUUUCUGAGAGAAAGAACCGUCCCGUUUUAUACUUGGAUUGGCUUAUCGGAUGCUACUGGAGUAUGGGCAUGGGCUGAUGGUAGCGACUACUCCUCUGGCCCAAAAUUCUGGAUACUAGGUCAGCCAGAUGACUAUUACUGGCACGAAUUCGGAGAUAGAGAAGACUGUGCUCACCUUCAUGCUGACGGUAAAUGGAAUGACGAACACUGUUCACGGCUUUAUAGAUGGAUUUGUGAAAAGAAAUCUGAGUUUUAAAACAUUGGCACUUAACUGAAGGAAAGACCUAAUAAAAGGCUUGCAUUUUUCCUGCAUUAUUAAAAUAUGAAAAACAGUUUUGACAUCAUUAAUGCGCCUGGAACUAUGUCAGAGAUUUCCAUCAACAGGCUGCAAUUCAAUGUUUUUUAACUUGUAUAUUAAAGUUAAUACAAUACUUUA